AGAGCGCGCAUGAGCAGUGGGGUGGACCCGCUGACAGAUUCGCGGCGGCGGCGGCGGCGGCGGCAGCCCAGGACUGUGGGGAAUGGGAGUCCUAGGGCCCUGACUGAACACCGCCCCCGCCUCCCUGCCCCCGACAUGGCUCAGGAGAAGAUGGAGCUAGACCUGGAGCUGCCUCCGGGAACGGGCGGGAGCCCGUCGGAGGGCGGCGGCACUGGCGGCAGCGGGGGACUCAGGAGGUCUAACAGCGCCCCCCUGAUCCACGGCCUCAGUGACACUUCGCCGGUGUUCCAGGCCGAGGCUCCGAGCGCGAGGCGGAACAGCACAACGUUCCCGAGCCGCCACGGCCUGCUGCUGCCGGCCUCCCCUGUCCGCAUGCACAGCAGCCGCUUGCACCAGAUCAAACAGGAGGAGGGCAUGGACUUGAUCAACCGAGAGACGGUCCACGAGCGCGAGGUGCAGACCGCAAUGCAGAUAAGCCACUCCUGGGAGGAAAGUUUCAGCCUGAGUGACAAUGAUGUGGAGAAAUCCGCCUCCCCGAAGCGCAUCGAUUUCAUUCCAGUGUCACCAGCACCGUCACCCACCCGGGGAAUUGGGAAGCAGUGUUUUUCACCAUCCUUGCAAAGUUUUGUGAGUAGCAAUGGAUUGCCUCCAAGCCCUAUCCCCAGCCCGACGACCCGAUUUACUACCCGGAGAAGCCAGAGUCCCAUCAAUUGCAUCAGGCCAAGUGUUCUUGGACCAUUGAAAAGAAAAUGUGAAAUGGAAACUGAUUAUCAACCAAAGAGAUUUUUCCAGGGCAUCACCAACAUGCUUUCUUCUGACGUUGCACAGCUGUCAGAUCCCGGUGUGUGUGUAUCUUCGGAUACCCUUGAUGGAAACAGCAGCAGUGCCGGAUCUUCUUGUAACUCACCAGCGAAAGUCAGCACUACCACCGACUCUCCUGUAUCACCUGCCCAGGCGGUCUCUCCAUUUAUUCCAGUAGAUGAACUUUCAUCUAAGUGAUUCACCCAUUUUGAGGCUUUGUUUUUUUGCAAUGGAGAGAAAGAAAAAUGGAGUUGGAGCAAGCACUGAACCUUUCGAUUAAUUUGAGGCUAUUUCUUAUUUGACCCUUUUCCUUUUUGGAAUCUCCUGAAAUGUUGUUAUUCUAGAGAACUUCUAUGUCAGGUUCCUGCCCUUGAUUCAGUGUAGUAAUAUUUUCAGACGUUUUCCCAAUAAGUGUGUUGAAGCAUACAUCUUUAAGCUGCUAAUAUGUCUAAAUACAUGUUAUCCCUUGAUUUUUUUUUAAAUAA